AAUCCACCCAUUCCCAUUCACAGAGAACCCGGCUCGUCCACAGGACGUUCCGCCAGCUGUGAGACACGGUUCGGAUGAUGUCAUUCACUUUCUUUCGAGCAGUUUUCACGAGACCGGAGGACACCGUUUUUUUUGUGUUGCGGUGAGAGAUACGAUUGGGAAGGGGAGGAUAUCUCGUCGAACGGACAGAGACAGAGGACGGUAGUUGACUACCUACGGCAAAACGACACGACUCUAACGGUUUGUCUGUGUGAUGAGGGCCACAUCAUGCACCACUGAUACCGUCUACGCUGUUGCUAGCUUUUCACCACACAGCUGACAAGCCAAAAGUGAACCGUAAAACAAUACGUGAAUCUAUAGCCAGCUAGCUUUUAUAUACUAUCUAUUUUGCCAUACAGACUUCAGUGGCCGCAUUUGAGAGAAAAGUGAAAUUAGGUGGCUCUCGACCUGGCUGACAUUUCCGGAUUCGAACACUCGUAUAUUCAUCCUCCCAGCGGUGUUGUUUUAGCGUCUCAAUAUACACGCAAUUGAUCGCUAUUUAUGUGACAACGGAGGCAAGCAAAGUGAAACUAACGCUAACCAUCAUUUCAUUUCCAGAGGGCCUAUUUUUCUUGCUUUGGGAAUAGAAAUGGGCAGUGUUCAACAGUUCUGUAACUGUCUAGCUCGAGCUAGCUACUGUAGCAAGCUAUCUCCGGUCGGGAUCUAGUACCGUUAUGUGCGUGCCUGUGGUCUUUACAGUCAAAAAGCGAAACAUUCGUCGUUCACGUUUCGCUGCCUUGAUAUUUGAUACAGUAUUUUUUUCAACAUCUACAAUCGAGAUACCCUUGGCUUUGGAACGGGUAGAAUUCUUGGACCGAUUUUUUUGUUUUGGCUGAGGCAUGAGAGACAUUCGAUCCAUCCUUCUAUCCCGGUGCUCCAUCCAAUACGGCGCAGUGUGAGUAGCCCAUCCGGGAAGCGCACAUCAGCAGAAUCGCAUCCUAUAUGCACCUUUGGGGUGUCGGGGGGCUGAAGGUGCUACUAUAACGUCGGAGCGGGAGGACGUUGCCUUCCCAUCUCAGGAUUAAACCAUGGCCAAUGAACCUGUUAUCCUUAAUGUGUAUGAUAUGUACUGGAUCAACGAGUACACUUCCACUCUGGGUGUUGGAGUCUACCACUCAGGCAUUGAGAUCUAUGGCCGAGAGUUUGCAUAUGGGGGCCACCCGUAUCCCUUCAGUGGCAUAUUUGAAAUCAAUCCUGGAAACGCCACUGAAUUAGGAGAGACCUUCAAGUUCAAGGAGGCCAUCGCUUUAGGCACAACAGACUUUGCUGUGGAGGAUAUGGAUAAAAUCAUGGAGGAGCUGGGGAGGGAUUUCAAGGGCAACUCUUACCAUCUAAUGCACAAGAACUGCAACCACUUCUCAUCCUCGCUGUCUGAGCUGUUGUGUGGGCGUGAGAUCCCUCGCUGGGUGAACCGCCUGGCCUACUUCAGCUCCUGCGUGCCCUUCCUCCAGACCUGCCUCCCUAAGGAGUGGCUGACCCCCGCUGCCCUCCAGAGCCACAUCAGCAUGGGACUCCACAAGGAGGAGCGGGAGGCCGGGGAGUCCAGCGACGAGGACCCCAACUCAGCCUCCGGGACCGCUGGGGCGGGCACCGGAUCCUCACACAGCUGUCGCCAUACACGAGUCUGAACCAAUGACUGUAUAGGUCUGAAGAGAACAGCCAAUAGGACUCUCUCAAUUACCUUUGACCUUCGAACCCUGGACCAGAAGGUCACCAGGUCCCCUCUGCAGGGGAUGUAGUGAUGUAAUAUCUGUGGGCCUGACUGAAUAACCACCUGACCUCAUAGUACCACCCUCUGAGAACAGAGACGAGGACGACGGAUGAUUAGUUAGCCUGGUAGGACGGGGCCGGGGGUCCUGCAAAACCUACAGAUCCUUAGAUCCUUUCCCUGGUUUUCUCCCUUUUCGCUAUGGUAGAUAUAUUCUGGAGGGGGGAUUUGUUAUAGGUUUGUUGACAAACUAACUCAGAGCAUGGCAUGGCUCUUUUAGAUUGACCACAGCUACACGAUGUACUGUAGGUCUGGGCUACUUUCUGGUCAUUUCUCUUCUUCCAUGAACUUUUAAACUUUCGUCAGCCUUCAUCCCCGAUCCACCCUGAUUCUCUUCUUGCAGAGCUCCUUCUAUUGUAGAGUAAACGGAUAUCAGACACCACAAAGAUACAUCUAAACGUACGUCCCAAAUGGCACCCUAUUCCCUAUAUAUAGUGCACUACUUUAGACCAGAGCCCUAUGGAACCCUAUUCCCUAAAUAUAGUGCACUACUUUAGACCAGAGCCCUAUGGAACCCUAUUCCCUA